AUGAAUGAAGUCCAGGAUCUAGGCUGCAGGAUUUUAGCAAUUUCUAUUGAUGUGAGAGAAGUAGGCUAUAAAUAGUCGAAAAUACAUAUAGGAACAACACUAGGCUUUCGAGCUUGAGACACUAAUAGCAGUAACGCAGUUUUUAAAUAUGAUCUGCAGAAAGGGAUCAAUUUUCCAGGAGGAUUUUCGUUAAUUUGCAAUGUCCCUAACUCUAAUACAACUUUACUUGUAGCUAGUGUGCUAAACCAACGCCAAAAUCCGAAUACUCUAUAUUAUUGAAAUGAAGAUUCUAACUCUCUACUCCUUUAAGGCAAAUCAUUAUAUAAAUUACUGCUACUGGAAAAUUAAUCCUUUGAGCAAGUAAAAUAUGGUUUAAUAUUAUUAAUAAUUAUUAUAGCGAGAUAUCUUGUUGAGUCUAUUAAAUAUUAGACAGCUUACAAUCUUAAACCUAAAUUUUACAAAUUAAUUAGAUUUUUCUUUUGCUAACUCUUAAAGGUAUAGAGUAAAGGAAUUUCAGAUGAGAAAAAUUUUGACUACAAAAUCUUGAAUAUUUUAGCUAGAUACGAUAAAAUUGUAGUAAUUUGUGAAAAUAUUGUAAAAACUAUUCAGAUUUUUAUAUAUGCUGAUUUAAAGAGCUUGAAAGCUAAGAGUCUUCUUGCUACCCCUUUGAGUUAAGAAUUUUGUUCGCUCAUGGAGGUAAUUAAUUUUUUUUUCAAAAAUUUAUAUAUAAUUUUUAGUAAAAUUUUUUUUUGAAAUUAAAAAAAUCCCAAUUCGCAAAAAUUCGAAAUCAAAUAUUAAUUUAAAUUGUAAAAUUAUGAUUUAAAAUGCAAGCUGUUUAAAAAUUAAACAGAAUUACCUAGAGAUUUCAUUGUACUAAUUAUUACUUAUAUAUUAAAAAAGUUUUUGUUCACUCAUGGAGGGUGGGUUUUUUAGGCAAAAUAUAGGGUUUUUUUCAGUAGUUUUGUUCGCUCAAGGAGGGAGAGUUAGCAAAUUUAAAUGGAUUAAAAAUUAAAAACUUAUCAAUCGAUUUGUUUUUUUGCGGAAGGAUAAAUUUUUAAUAAAAAAUAUCAAUUUGAUAUUGAUCAAAUGUCUAUAAAAAGCCUAAGUUUUAUUAAACGCUUAUUGUUCUUUGUGAAGCUCUUAAUGGCUCAUAUAAUACUCGUUAGCUAAUUUAAAUAGAUUUAAAAAGUAGUACUUAUCAAUCGAGUUGCUUUUUUGCAGAAGGAUACAUUUUUUAAUAAACAAUGCUAAUUUGUUUAUGAUCAACUGCUCUAUAAAAGCCAAAGUUUUUAUUGAACGAUUCUUUUUCUUUAUCAAGCUUUUAAUAGAUCAUAUGAUGCUCGUUAGCAAAUUUAAACGGAUAUAAAAAUUACAACUAAUCGAUCGAGUUGCAUUUUUGCGGAAAGAAAUUUUUCAAUAAACAAUAAUGUUUUAUAUUUAAGGAUCCCCCCCUCAUUUGUCCAAUUUUCUAGUUUUUUUUUUAUAGGAUAAAAAAAAUUUUUCAGGACCUCAUUUGUCCAAAAUCUAGAUAAAAAUGAUUUGUCCCAUUUUCUAGUCUUUUUUGGAUUUUUUCGAAUUAGUUUUUUACUUUAAAAAACUAGAAAAUGAGACAAUUGAGGUUCUGAAAAAUAUUUUUUUUUCUAUCAAAAUUUUGACUAGAAAAUUGGACAAAUGAAAUGAGGUACUAAAAAAUUUUUUUUCCCUGUAAAAAAAACUAGAAAAAUGGACAAAUGAUAAAAGACUAGAAAAUUGGACAAAUGAGGGGGGGAUCCUUAUUAUCUCCAGUCUAAAAGGGUAUCUUAAUUUUAAAAUUAAUUAAAUAAUAAAGCCAUUUUAAAAAUUGGUGCGUUUGCUUAUCAACUUUUUUUUUACACUUUGUCAAUCCUUAAUUGGCAUGCCACUUUUUAACACUCACCUUUGUAAGAUCCAGCUCGUCUCUUUGAGAGAGUCUGUCUAGGUUUUUCUACAGUCCAUUACAUUUUGUUAUAUAAAGAAAUCUAUAUAGGGGUAUCGGCUAUAAAAUUAAUGUUUUCGAAUCUUAAAAAUAGUAUAUUCAUACCCAGACAAUCAGCAGCUAAAAUUGAUAAGAAUUGAAGGGAAUUCUUAUGGAGCAUGUGCUAUCUCAUAUGAAGGAGAAUUUAUAUUGGCAACUACCACACAGAUCGGACAGAUCAGAAUAGAAAAUAUUGAUAGUGGCGAAAUCAGGCAAAAUCCGAUGCACGAAAACCCUAUUGUCUAUAUCGCUUUAAAUUCUGAUUCAAGAAUGGGAGCAAGUGCAAGCGAACAAGGCACAUUGAUAAGGGUUUUUGAUUGUAAUUCGCUUGCCGUUUUGCAUGAAUUAAGAAGAGGAAAUACCCCUUCUAGGAUUUCAACAAUUGCAUUUGGCCAAAGUUUUGUAAUAGCUGCAAAUACAAAAAAUACUGUGCAUUUGUGGGAUAUUGAUGGGGAUCAAUCUGGUUCGUAUUUUGGAAUAAAAAAUUAUUUGCCUUCAUAUUUUACUAAUAAACCAAGUAGCUGCAAAUUAUAAUGAUUUUUAUUAUAUAGAGAUUAAAAUAAUUUGACUUAAAAAUCUAAUAGGCUAUUUAUAGGGAUUAUUUAUAUAUUUGCCAAAUGAUGCUAAUUGAAGCUGCCCUUUUUCAAAAACAAAUGGCCCAGUUAUAGGAAUUCAAAAUAAUGAAUGCAUUUUGAUAGGGUCAUUGAGUGGGGUUAUUUAUAGAUGUAGAUAUAACAGAGAUAAUAAAGCUAUAGAAAUAGAAAGCUCCGCUACAUUUUUAGAUUUGGACACUGAAUUUAUUAUUGAAGGACAAAGGGCAUGGGGGAAUUUCAGCUAA